UGCUAAGACGCGGGGCGCGCGCCCGGCGCCGCACAGCCUUAUGGGGCUCGUAGUCCGCGGGCGCCUCUGGCUCAGGGCACGCCGGCCCGGCCGCCGCCUGGUCUUGGGGCGCCAUGGCUGCGUGCCCGCCUCUGCGGACGCCGCCCCUCGCCCCGCCGCCUACCGCGGCUCAGGAUGUGCCUGGGGGGCCGGCGGAGCAGAGUGAAACAGCAUCCGAGGACCGCAGCAAUGCAGGGCCCUUGGACAGACUUCUCCCACCUGUGGGUACUGGGCGCUCACGGAAGCGUACUACCAGCCAAUGCAAGUCUGCCCCACUGCUGCGCACAAGCAAGCGUACUAUCUACACGGCCGGGCGGCCACCCUGGUACAAUGAGCAUGGCACACAGUCCAAAGAAGCCUUCGCCAUUGGCCUGGGAGGUGGCAGUGCCUCCGGGAAGACCACUGUGGCCAGAAUGAUCAUCGAGGCACUGGACGUACCCUGGGUAGUCUUGCUGUCCAUGGACUCUUUCUACAAGGUUCUGACACAGCAGCAGCAGGAGCAGGCUGCCCACAACAACUUCAACUUUGACCAUCCUGAUGCCUUUGACUUUGACCUUAUCAUUUCCACUCUCAAGAAGCUGAAACAGGGCAGGAGUGUCCAAGUGCCCAUCUAUGACUUCACCACCCACAGCCGGAAAAAGGACUGGAAAACUCUGUAUGGUGCAAACGUCAUUAUCUUUGAGGGCAUCAUGGCUUUUGCUGACAAAACACUGCUGGAGCUCUUGGACAUGAAGAUCUUUGUGGACACAGACUCUGACAUCCGCCUGGUUCGGCGGCUGCGCCGGGACAUCGGUGAGCGAGGCCGGGACAUUGAGGGCGUCAUCAAGCAGUAUAACAAGUUUGUGAAGCCUGCCUUUGACCAGUAUAUCCAGCCCACCAUGCGUCUGGCAGACAUUGUGGUGCCCAGAGGGAGCGGGAACACAGUGGCCAUCGACUUGAUCGUGCAGCAUGUACACAGCCAGCUGGAGGAGCGUGAACUCAGCGUCAGGGCCGCACUGGCCUCAGCUCACCAGUGCCACCCCCUUCCCCGGACGCUGAGUGUCCUCAAGAGCACGCCGCAGGUACGGGGCAUGCACACCAUCAUCAGGGACAAGGAGACCAGCCGGGACGAAUUCAUCUUCUACUCUAAGAGGCUGAUGAGGCUGCUCAUAGAGCACGCACUGUCCUUCCUGCCCUUCCAGGACUGUGUCGUCCAGACCCCGCAAGGGCAGAACUACGCGGGCAAGUGCUACGCGGGGAAGCAGAUCACUGGUGUGUCCAUCCUGCGAGCCGGGGAGACAAUGGAGCCCGCACUGCGUGCUGUGUGCAAGGAUGUGCGCAUCGGCACCAUCCUCAUCCAGACUAACCAGCUCACCGGGGAGCCUGAGCUCCACUACCUGAGGCUGCCUAAGGAUAUCAGUGACGACCACGUGAUUCUGAUGGACUGCACAGUGUCCACAGGCGCUGCUGCCAUGAUGGCCGUGCGAGUGCUCCUGGACCAUGAUGUGCCGGAGGCCAAGAUCUUCUUGCUGUCCCUGCUCAUGGCGGAGAUGGGCGUGCAUUCCGUGGCCUAUGCGUUCCCGCUGAGAAUCAUCACCACCGCUGUGGACAAGCGCGUCAAUGACCUUUUCCGCAUCAUCCCAGGCAUCGGGAACUUUGGUGAUCGCUAUUUUGGGACGGAUGCAGUCCCUGAUGGCAGUGAUGAAGAAGAAGUGGCUUUCCACUGGUUAGUGCCCAGGCUGAGGCCACGCCAGUGCCCAACUAAUCUCCUGCCUCCUUGCCUGGGGUUGCAGAGCAGAUAGAUGGUAACUUAUUUUAAUUUAAACACUGGCUGGGCACUGGUGGCUCAUGCCUGUAACCCUAGUUACUUGAGAGGCUGAGAUAGGGAGAAUGGAGGCUAGAGGCCAGUCCAGCAAAUAGUUCCUGAGGCACCUACCCCCACCCCACCCCCAUUUCCUCUGCCUGAAUCUGAGGGCUCUGCCUCAGUAUUUCCAAUCCACCAAAAUGGACUGGAGGUGUGGCUCAAGCCAUAAAGCGCCUGCUUUGCAAGCACAAAGUCCUGAGUGAGUUCAAACUCCAGCCCCACCAAAAUCAAAAAAUGUUACCAAUAAAACUUGAUUUACACAUUUUAUAAAAUAAAUAAAAUGAAAAUGAAGAUGUGACUGGUAAGCUGGGCUUCAGAAGUCGUGUCCUGGGCAGUCUACCCAAGGGCUUCAGGAGUUGGACUACCCCCAGUUCCCAAGCUGUAAGGCCAUCACAGAGAAUGAGGGCAGAGGGACCCUGACUUCUACUCAGCAGGACUAGGCGUUCCCAGGUUUGCAUUUGGCUUCCUUAUAGUUGGGGCUUAUUGCUAGAUGGAAAUGAGAGCAAGACAGUAGCACGCAGCUCCUGGCUUUGCUAGAUUGAGUCCCUAGAGCUAUCAGUUUGGUAGCCACCUGACCCGCACAUAGGGAGGGACAGGGUCACCUAGGGCUUUGUCACAACAAGCAGCCUCUGUGACCACUUCCCUCCCACCACGGUUAUACCAUGAAGGGACCCAGCGGAAACCAGUUGUGUGGGUGGUUGUGGGAAGGACUGAGCAGUAGAAGGAGACCCAGCUGCAAGGAGAUAGCCAGGUCCUCAGUGGAUCAGCCCUUGUGUUUCAGGGCCAGAUUCCCAUAUCCAGCCCUGCUUUUGCUGCAUCUGGACUCUAGAAAUGGGGGCAGGCUUCUCUGGUCCCUCAUGCUGGUCCUGCCUGGGUAAGGUGACAUAAACACAUGGACUCCCUAGUGCACAUGUGUACUGUGGUCUCUGAGCUGUGGCAAAUAGGCAACCCCCAAACUGACCAGGUGGCCCACGCCUCUUUCCUGCCUCUCUCUGGUCUGCUUGGUCCCCCACCUUAUGAAGGCCUUGUCAUGGAAAAGCUUGUCAUGGGGCGGGGACAGGAAGUUACUAGGUGGAGGCCAAGCCCACAGUGGCGGGCAGAUGAAGGCGGUUGAAAUGUCCGAGUGGCAGCAGGCACUGGGGACAGAGGACUGAAGCAGGGCCUUUUCCGUACCCUGGUGAGUGGACCCUCUUCCACAUCUCCAGGACCCCACCUCUACUGGCUCAUUGAUCUUCACAUUAUGCUGAGAACCUAGGCUCUGAGUCUGGAGAUGCCAUUUCUUCCAGCCAGAGGGCUUCCCUAUGAGGACUGGGGGAAAGUUAUUAGAAGUGGGGCAGGGGC